GUCUCCGUCGGUGGUCCCAUCGGGAAAAUUGUAUAUAAGUCCCUCCUACAAUCAUAGGCGAUACUACACCCCCAAGCCAAGUCAAAAAAAAGGCCCAAACAAAGUGAAGCUGAAUUCACAAGACACUCAAUUCAAUCUACCUACCAAAGUUCGCCAUGUCUUUCUAUCCCACCACCCUCCCCGCGCUCCCCCUCCGCGAGGCUAUCGUGGACCCGGUUUACCGCGCCGUCCUCUCUUUCGAUGGCAACGACCUCCCCCUCUUCGAGUCGGCCUUCUUCGAGGACGCCGCCUUCGACUUCAACGGCAGCGUGAUGGAGGGCCGCGCGGCCAUCAAGUCUGGCAGCUGGGACAACGUCUCCAAGCUGGACACCACCCAUUUCCUUAGCAACGUGCGCAUCAACCUCCCCUCGGAGGACAGCACGACCGCGACUGUGACCGCCUCAGCUUUGGCCCAGCACUUCCGCACAGGCCAGGGGAACCAGCCCGACACCACCCGCCUGACGAGCGGGGCGCUGUACUCUUUCGACGUGGCCAAGGAUCCCGCGGAUGCGAAUGGAUUGUGGAAAAUCAAGCUGUGGAAGAUGAAACUGGUGUGGACGGAGGGUGACUGGGGGUUGAUGACGGGAAAUUAGACCGCCGAUCUUUGGUUUUCGUUGGAGAGGCUGGAUGUAAGUGGAUAGCUGCAAAAGUCGAUUACGACAGGGUUGAAAUCCACAUAUAGGGCCUAAGCCGCGAUUGGUUGUCUGCUGUUCCGUUUUAGGUCUCCUACAUAAGGAUCUUUAUUAGGGGUAAUGAGAAGGGGGUGGUAAUGGUCAGCACUAAAAACGUAGUAAGACAAGGGUCAUUGAUGGCGCCAUACUGUACAGCUAUAUUUAAGUGCCAUUACUAUACACUAAAUGUCCGUACGGCGGCUGCACCCGG